UCGCUGAUCAAGCUGGAGACUUCAAAGUCAUUGAGGCUGGGGAGGAUCAAUGUCUCCAGCACAAAGGUUUGGAUCGUUAUCGGCAUCAGCGUCGCGGGGAUUAUCAUUUUCAGCGAGACCAGAAGAAGGAGAAGAGCUGGUAGAACUAGAGUCAGAGAAGAUUUCGGCGCUAUUAUCGAGCAGUUCGAGCUUCUUCCCUCUCCUCAACGGCCUCCUCCUGCGGCUCGCCAACUGCUUUACGGCCUCACUUUCGCCAUUAGUGACAAUUUUCUUGUCAAGGGUUAUGUGAGCGGUUUUGGGAAUCCGGAUUGGAAGCGGACGCACGAGCCUGCCACUCGGACUGCUGUUGCCGUAUCUUGCCUUCUGAAAAAUGGGGCUACUUGUGUCGGACAGACUGUCAUGGAUGAAUUGGCUUUUGGGAUCAUGGGAGAGAACAUGCACUAUGGAACACCUACCAACCCAGAAGUGCCAUCGCAAGUCCCUGGAGGAUCAUCUAGUGGUUCAGCUGUGGUUGUUGCAGCUGGACUUGUUGACUUUGCCCUUGGUACUGAUACAACUGGAUGUGUAAGAACCCCUGCAUCAUUUUGUGGUGUCCUUGGAUUUCGUCCUUCUCAUGGAGCUGUGUCUACAGUUGGAGUACUGCCUAACUCUCAGAGUUUAGAUACUGUUGGAUGGUUUGCGCGUGAUCCAUCUACUUUACAUCAUGUGGGGCAUGUGCUACUCGAAUUGUCCGUUGUGGAGCUUAGAAGGUCUAGACGCUUUAUUUUUGCUGAUGAUUGCUUUGAACUUUCUAAUGUUCCAAAGCAGAAGUCAAUGUAUGUUGUUAGCAAAGCAACAGAAAACCUAUCUGGGUAUCAAACACCACAGCAUGUGAAUAUUAGCCAACAUAUUUCUUCAAAUGUUCCUAGUCUAAAAGGAUUUCGUGAACUAUCUUCAAACUUGUCGCAUGGGACAUUUAAUUUGAAGGUUCUUACUAGUGCGAUGGUGCAGCUGCAGAGAUAUGAGUUCAAAACAAAUCAUGAAGAAUGGGUUAAAACAGUGAAGCCUAAGCUAGGACCUGAUAUCUCUGCCCGUGUUCUUGCAGCAAUUAACACUACACCUGACAACAUCAAAACUUUCUAUAAGGUCAGGACUGAAAUGCGAGCUGCACUCAACAGCCUCUUGAAGGAUGAUGGCAUAUUAGUAAUUCCAACAAUUUCUGACUCUCCACAAAAGCUCAAUUCAAGCAAAAAAUCAUCCACCGAGUUCUACGAUAGAGCAUUUGCAUUAUUGAGCAUUGCAACCAUGUCUGGUUGUUGUCAGGUUACUGUUCCAUUAGGAAAGCAUGAUGGUAGUCCAAUCUCUGUUUCAUUUAUUGCAUCCCAUGGAGCAGAUAAAUUCCUCCUUGAUACUGUUUUGGAUAUGUUCUCGUCCCUUCAAGAACAAGUCAGUGUCGUUUCAAAUUCAUUGCCAAUACAAGAUUCUGAUGGCAGUAUCGAUACUUCAGAACUCUUGAAAGAAAAGGGAAAUUCUUCUUUCAAGGGAAGGCAGUGGAAUAAAGCUGUUAAUUACUACAGUGAAGCCAUCAAGUUGAAUAGCAAUAAUGCAACCUAUUACUGCAACAGAGCAGCAGCAUAUUUAGAAUUAGGGUGCUUUCAGCAAGCUGAAGCAGACUGCAGUCAGGCAAUAUUACUAGAUAAGAAGAAUGUGAAAGCAUAUCUAAGAAGAGGCACAGCUAGAGAGAUGCUCUUAUGCUAUAAAAAUGCUGUUCAAG